AUGGUUAAGCUAGCGACGGCGCGUGAGAGUAGAAUGUACGGGCCGCGACUGACCCGAAACAGGGCCGAGUACAUGAAUGCCGGGGUUUAUGUGUUCUCGACCAUAGUGUUAAUAUUUGGGUUUGUGGCUCUGUUGACGUGGCAAAAUAUGGAGUUGGGCUUGGUUUUGUUGAUGAUUGGGCUGGUUGUGAUUGUGGUUGUGAAUGUGCAUGAUCUGAUAGCACAUCUAGCAGGUAUUGAUUAUAGGAUUGGGCUGAUGGAACUUGAUGUUCAACUUCCAUUUGUUGAAGUUGGUGUGCCACUUGUUCAAGCUUUGGGUGGGAUUCUCUUGUUUUUAGGAAUCCUUUUUCUUCUUAUUCAGGUAUGGGGGAAUAAAGGAUACAUUCAUAACAGGCUUGAGGUGCAUGCGUUGAAUAUGCUGAUUGCUGGUUCUGUGUUAUGGGUGCUUGGUUCGAUCCUAAAUUCGUGUCAAAUCUACGAGAGAGCUGAUGGACAUGUUCAAAUUCUGCAACAAAGCGUCCAUAUCCCAUUCUUGACUGGAAGCUUCUUGUUCAUGGUUGGUGCCAUUCUUAACAGUCGUGAGCAGCCCAGAUAUUUACGCCAUCGUAUACAUUUAUUGACAAGGACGUGGGUUUGGAUAGGUAUGUUUGCAAGUUUGUUGUUAUUAAUAGGAGGGUUAGCAAAUGUGGUUAAAGUGUUCAAGAUGCUCCAGAUGGAUAGGCUAAGACUUGAAAAAUUAAGAGGGGGAGCACAAGAGCGACUAAGCCGGGUGCGUGAAGGCCAGACACCAUUUCUAUCGGAAGGACGAAGAAGGUGGCCGGGGAACGUUGACGAAAGCAAAACAGAACCACCAAAACUGCCACCACCACCACCACCACCACCACCACCAGAACCAACCCCAUACAAGGAUGUUCUUGUGGGUACAUCCUGAAAAUUUGGUUGCAUAGGUGUACACUCUUUCAUUCUCUUAUGGUAAAGUGUAAACAGUUUACUGUUGAUCUUUGACAUACUUUUAAUUAGUACAUGGUUAUUAGUUCUUACCUGUCAUUACUCAUUUAUACAUGAUAUGCA